CAGCCGUGGUAGAGCGGGGGUUCUGUUUACUAAACAGGGGACGUCAUUGUCUUGGGGGUAUAGGAGUCGUAGCGUUUUUUCAACUUAAUAGAAGUAACUGACUACAGUUCAAUGAUGUUGAAAGCUGUUAUAUUGAUUGGCGGCCCUCAAAAAGGCACACGAUUCCGACCUCUGUCGCUGCGGGUGCCCAAGCCACUGUUCCCGGUUGCCGGCCGGCCGGUGAUCCAGCACCACAUCGAGGCAUGCGCUUCCGUGCCGGGACUGCGCGAGGUACUGCUGCUGGGCGUGUACCCGGCCGCCGAACUGCACCAGUUCCUGGCUGACAUGACGCAGCGCUACGGCGUCACGGUGCGCUACCUGCAGGAGUACGCCGCGCUCGGCACCGCCGGCGGCCUCUACCAGUUCCGCGACCAGAUCCGCGCUGGCGCGCCGCACGCCUUCUUCGUGCUCAACGGCGACGUGUGCGGCGACUUCCGGCUGGACGGGCUGCUGGCGUUCCACCGGGCGCGGCCGGACGGCACGCUCCUCACCGUCAUGGCCACCGAGGCCACGCGCCAGCAGUCCGUCAACUUCGGCUGCAUCGCCGAGGACAGCGCCACACACGCCGUGGUGCACUACGUGGAGAAGCCGGAGACGUUCGUCUCGACGCUCAUCAACACGGGCAUCUACAUCUGCAGCAGCGACAUCUUCCAGCAGAUCGGCGCCGUCUUCAAGCGCAAGCAGGAGGAGCUGUACAGCUCCGACUACGUGGAGGGCGGCGCGGCCAGCGGCGAGACCAUCAGCCUGGAGCAGGACAUUCUGGCGCCGCUGGCCGGCACGGGGCGUGCCUUUGUCUACCAAACCAGCCGCUGGUGGAGCCAGAUCAAGACGGCUUCGGCUGCGCUCUACAGCAACCGGCACUAUCUCAAGCUGUACCGCGACAACGGGGUGCCCUUGGCCGAGGACGGGAAGCCAUGUAAGAUCAUCGGAGACGUCUGGAUCCAUCCAACAGCCACUAUCCACCCGACAGCCGUGCUGGGGCCCAACGUGAGCGUGGGCCGGAAUGCCGAGGUGGGCGAGGGCGUGCGCAUCCGCGAGGCCAUCGUGCUGGGCGCGGCGCGCGUGCGCGAGCACUCGCUGGUACUGCACGCCGUGCUGGGCUGGGACAGCGUGGUCGGCGCCUGGUCGCGCGUCGAGGGCACGCCCUGCGACCCCGACCCCAACAAGCCGUUCGCCAAGAUGGACAACGUGCCGCUCUUCAGCAGCGACGGCAAGCUCAAUCCGUCCAUCACCAUACUGGGGAGUAACGUCAGCGUGGCCCGCGAGAAGAUCGUGCUCAACUGCAUCAUCCUGCCGCACAAGGACCUCAUGCGCAGCUACAAGAACGAGAUUCUCCUAUAGCGUCGGCGACAGACGCACCGCUACCGCCGCCGUAGACCAGCGCCGCAGCAGGACAACGCGAAGCCGUCUCUGGCUCGAGCCAAAGCCGCUGAGCUCGGCCCCGGUCUGCGCGGCCCCGGCCGUGGCUGCCCGCUCGGACGGCGUGAGCGAGGACGGCGGUGGCCUCACCCGCUGCACGGCGGCGCGGUAGCUCUCCGCCCUCCAAUGAGACACGAGCCCUGUCGGCGAGGUCACGUCCCCCCGCAGACUUUCAGCAGGAACACGCGUCCCGGGGUCCGGUGAUCACGUCACGUGCUCUGGCGGCUCGCGAGCGGCGGUCGUGUCACGUGGCUAGCGUCCCGGAGUCCGG